GGAGUUUUCUUGCCGUUUGUGUAGAUGUGUGGCACUAGUUUAGUUUCAGGAAAAUCCAAGAAAGGUGGGGACUUGUGGACAACUUCCUGCGCGGUCCGCGUACGAGCAACGGUGAUAAGUCGCACGCCUCCGAAACAGUCGACGGGCCGUUGUCGAGACGAAGACGGAUGGAUUUAUUUCGCGAAUAAACUUGGGUUUUCGCGAGAAACUCCUCGGCAUAGUUGCGCGCGAGCGGGAUAAACAUAUACAUCGCUAGCAUCCAGGUGGCUAGCUAACGUCAGCUACAGGACGGGAGACGGUCCCGCAUCGAAGGACAGUAUGGUUGAAGUGGUGGUGGAAUAUGAGUAUCAAGCCGCCCAUGAAGAUGAGUUGACACUCAAGCUAGGAGAUGUAAUCAAGAACGUGAGACGCAUCGAGGAGGAGGGAUGGAUGGAAGGUGACCUGAAUGGACGAAGAGGCCUUUUCCCAGACAACUUUGUGAAGGAAGUGAAGAAAGAACCAACGAAAGAGGUGUCGAAGGAGGUCAAGGAAGUCAAGGAGGUGAAGGAUGCAAAGGAUGUAAAGGAUGUGAAAGAGGUGAAGGAGGUAAAGGAGGUGAAGGAAGACUCUCAGCCACAGCGCAGGUCGGCAGGGAACGUAGCCAGUCUGGUGCAGAGGAUCAGCACUUAUGGCGUCCCAACAGGAGGCCUAGGCCUCCAGCCCCGCGCCUCCAAAAAGAAACCGAAGAAGCGUCAGUGCAAAGUGCUUUAUGAUUACGUGCCUCAGAACGAAGAUGAGCUGGAACUGAAGGUGGGCGACAUCAUCGAAAUCACUGAAGAGGUGGAGGAAGGCUGGUGGAGCGGAACCAUGAAUGGGAAGUCUGGCCUUUUUCCCUCUAACUUUGUCAAAGAAGUCGAGAUGAGCGAGGAAGCAGAAAGCAACGAUGCGCCUGAUGAGCCAGACAGCAAAGACGAGCUCAUGAGUCCGACUUCCCCUGGAAAUGGGGUCAUUGCUCAGCCUAAAAAGGUCAAAGGGGUCGGGUUCGGAGAUAUUUUCCGGGAAGGCUCGGUGAAGCUGAGAGUGCGACUGCCGUCAGAGUCUGAGGAGAAGAAUGAAAAGCCGAUCCCAUCAUUACCAUCUGCUGCUAAGCCUACCCAUUUGAGCACGCCAGAUGCUCAGAAAGUGGAGAAAGAUGGGGAAAGCAAAGGAAAGGUAAAGGAAUACUGCAAGGCCACCUUUAAUUAUGAGGCUUUGAAUCAGGAUGAGCUGGAAUUUAAGGAAGGUGACAUCAUUCAUUUACUGAGUAAGGACACUGGGGAGCCUGGCUGGUGGCGAGGAGAACUGAAUGGCAAAGAGGGAGUGUUCCCUGACAACUUCGUGGUGCUGAUUCCAGAGACGGACAAAGAGACACCUGUAUCCAGAGGCUCCGUUAAGCAGUCUGCCAAACAAGAACCUGAAGAAAAACCAAAGAAGCCACCACCACCAUCCAAAUCCACAGUCCUGAAGACCGAGGUCCCCAGUGCUGACAAGAAACCACCACAGUCACGACCUGAGGACAAAGUUGACAGGGCUGUGCCGGACAAACCUGCCAAGCCUGCUGCUCCCAUCGUACCCCCCAAAAAGCCUGUACCCCCUCCAGGCAAAGGACUGUUGCGUCCAGCAACUCUGACACCAAAACGACCUGAUAAACCUCUCGCUCCAUCUCCAGUAGCUAAGCACAAUGGAGAGGUGCCUCACCCACGACCAAAGUCAGACUUUGAACCGACAUUACCCAGCAAACCAAAAACGCUGUCAGGAGACUGGACGGAGAAGACCGCUGACUCAGAUCUCAUGAGCUUCGAUGAUGUCUCCUCUACCUCAGAAAAGCUGUCUCAUCCCACAGCAAACAGACCAAAGAUGCCUGGCAGGCGACUGCCGGCCCAGUUUGGUGGAGCCCCCUCUCCAAACAAGGAGGCCAGUGAGAAAGCUCCGAAAACAGAGGAGGAGGACGCUCCAAAACCAAAGUCAUCAGAAACCUGGAAGCCAUCCCUCUCAACACCGUCAACUACUGUGCAUAAUAAAGCAGCCAGCAUGCCUGCUCCUGAGCCCAAACCGAAAGCUGACGUGGAGGAGCAGAAAGGAGGCGAGCUCGACGAGCUCAGGACUCAGUUGAAAGAGCUGGUGCUCUCCAUAGAGUUACUGAAGGCACAGCAAAUGAGAGAGCUUACUGAACUGAGGAGUGAGCUGGACGAGGAGAGGUUGAAACGAGUGGCCCUGCAGAUGGAGAUAGAGAAAUUAAAAAAGCAGGUACAAUCAACGUGAGGGCAGAUACCGAUCCUGUCAUCGGAAAGCCCUCCUGUCGUCCCCGCCGGUGGAAUGCCCCCACAAGGGACCGAUAUCAUUCCCAUAAUCCUUAUAGUCACUGACCUUUUCCACAAAUUGUAAGAUUUACAUUUGCACAUAAUGAGGUUUUUAAGGUAUAGAAAGGUGUAAUUAAGACAGAUGUAUCUCUCUCUCUCUCUCUCUCUCUCUCUCUCUCUCUCUCUCUCUCUCUCUCUCUCUCUCUCUCUCUCUCUCUCUAUGUCUCUAUGUCUCUUUUUCCUUCUGUUUUUGUUUGCCAACAACAAUUGAGGCCUUAUUAUAAACUACUGUGCUGGAUAUGCAGUCUCCACAUUCAUGUGAGAGUGUGGCAGAAUUUGCAAAUUUAACUACUGAAGCUGUAUAAAGUAAUGGAGGGGAUUUUUUUGUUUCCUUAUUUUUAUGACAUGGGAUAGAUUUUUUUCUUUCUUUCUUUAACUAUUAUGAUUGCAGCAGUAAUCUUUCCAUAUUAGCCUCUUUAGAUGACUGUGGAAUAUAUGACGUACUCCUGAUUUUUGUUGCUAUGUCAAAAGGGAGAUAGGCCUACACUUUUGUUUUUGUCUUGUUUUUUUUUUUUCUAACAUUCCUAUCCAGGGUGACACUAUCGUGCCUGUUUUACAAGUGUUAAUACUGGGAGCUUUCGUUUAUAUCCUUAGAUUUAUGGCGAUAAAUAUAUAUAUAUAUAUUUUUUAUGGUCUUGUGAUUGCAGAAAAUGGGAAAAAACUAUAUGGAUUAUGUGUCUUGGUCGAGUUUAAAAAGCCUCAGAUGGCAUAGUUCUGUAAACAGUAGGUGAUCUAAUAUAAAGUAAGAGCUGCUGGUUUAAUGAUGGACUCUUACCCUUUCCCUAAAUCUUCUCCUUUUUGUCACCACAUACAUUUUCUCUGGCAGAUUAUCAAAUUGUCUUGCGCAUAGCAUGGCAGGCACACUAACGACCCAGCAAAUGAUCCAGUCCAGUUUGAAUUUUGGAUUUAGUACCAGUCUGAACAUGAAAUGUUCCUGACACAGUUGUCGAAAAAGCAUCUAAUGCUUGUUAUAAAAGAUCUCUUUGUGCUUCAACGUCUGCAAAAUAGCAGCAUUUUGAGCAGCGAUGGCCCAGUUGAAGCUGGAAUGUUGCAGAGACCGGCACUUUUGCUUUGUCAGAAGAAGCAGACUUGGCCAGGGCAGCCAUUCUGAUAUGCGCCAAGUGGCGGUCAUGCUUUUUGUUGCUUUCUGAGGUUCCACUUCACUCCAGGACCGCCCAUGUCUGGACGAAACCCAUGACUAACCCCUGCCCGACCCACCAAUCCCAAAAUAUCACUGUUAAGUGCUUUUGCUUGCUUGCACAACCCCUCAAUCUAAAUGAUGGCUUUCCUUCUUGAAAUCGGAUUAGAAAUCCCUCUUCUAAAUGCCAAACACUGUGGAUGGCCUUGUCAACAGAUUCUCAGCAGACUAAAAGCUACCUUUCAGCAGCCGCCCCCACGUUCGGCUGUGUCAAAACAUAUUGGAUAUGUUUAUGUAACCGUGCUCACGUCUGUCUUACUAACAAUCACGAAAUUGAACCUUGUUCUUCAUUCGAGUACACUAAGAGUGUACCCUCUCCUCAGGCUUCUUUACUCCUGCAAGAAAGAGCUCUCCACAUCAGGGACUGUGGGACUGUGCGCAUGUCUGUGUGAAUGUGUGUAAAGUGUGUGUGUGUGUGUGAUUGUGAACUGCUUAUUGUCAGCAGAGCAAGAUGACAUCUUAAUCCCUACAGCAAUAAACAAAUUAAACGCAUCUAAUCAGUGUCCAAUCCAGGUUAAAUCAAUAGUAUUCAAGUAGUAUUUUCUUCCUCAUGGAUACUUAAAGCAGAUUCGGCUCUGUCGUCUAUGAUUGGCCUGAAAACAUUACAUUUUGUUUUAUUAUUUUUUUUUAAAGACUGUUGACAACGGCUGUGCACACAUUCAACAUCUCUCCAAGUGAUCUUGUUUACAUGAUUCUGAAAGGAAAUGCAUGAACUGAGAUUUUGUUUUUUUCAAACUGAAUAAAUAUCAUCUUUUAUUUA